AUGCAGCUCAUUAACCUCGCAACUUCCCUUCUCGUUCUUACGCCUGUUGUCUCUGCGGCUGUCCUGCCCCGGUUUGUCUUUACCCUACAUCACUCCUUUUACAAACUAACUUUCGAAUAGAUUCGUUACUCUUGGCGAUGGGAACGAUCUUGACCCAGCAGCCAAAAACGCAGUUGAGGGACUUCAACGUCGCGAUCCUCAGUAUGCCUUCAGCCUACAUCACUCCUUUCACAAACUAACCUUGGAAUAGUCCUCUUAUUAUUGACGAGUCGGCCGAAAUGGACAAGAAAGCCAACAACGCCCUUAAAGGAAUAAAGUGAGAGAGUCGCGAUGCUUCUCCGUAUGUCUUCUCCCUACAUUACUCUUUUCACAAACUAAUUUUGGAUGAGGAAAACCGUUGAGAGUACCAACUUCCUUGGCAACGCAGCCAACAACGCUGUUAAAGGAACUAAGUUUGUGGGUUAAAUAGGAUCUUGAACGACAGCAAUCUCAGCAUACCCAGGGAUGUUGGGAAAGACGAGGAGAGGAGGCUGUGGCUGAAGAGAUUGAGGAGGAGGUACCUGAAGCCGAGCCUGGUUAUCUUGCGGUAAAGGAGUCAGCGCUUGUGCUGGGGGUAUCCUACAGUACUGUCGCUGGUCUGUAG